UCCGGGCAAGGCGGAAACAGAAAGCCUUCAUUUCCUGUAUUUAAGCGCGCCAACAAAGACCAUCACUUAGCAUCUGAGCCUCCUCCUCAGCUCCUGUUCUCCUGCCGCCUCCGUCUCUACUGUCGUCCUGAGAAGAUGCCGGAGGAAACCACCGCGUCCAGCUCCGCGAGCGUGGACGAGAAGCCGUGCUCCUCUUCGUCAGCUGCAGCUGCAGACAGCUCUGUCGACGUCAUGGAAGAGGCAAAGAAGCUGAUCGGCACAGGGAACAGACAUCUGGUGAUGGGAGAUGUUGUUUCUGCUGUCAGUGUUUUCCAGGACGCCUGCAGUAUGCUAGCUGCAAAGUACGGAGACACUGCAGAUGAGUGUGGCGAGGCCUUCUUCCUUUGUGGGAAGUCCCUGCUGGAACUUGCCAGGAUGGAGAACAGCGUCCUUGGCAAUGCCCUGGAGGGAGUCCCAGAAGAGUCGGAGGAAGAGGAGCAGCCCAACAACUCAAACAUUGAGAGUGCCAGCAAUCUAGAUGACAAAACUAGAGAUGACCUACGAAAGCAGGUCUAUGAUGCAAUGGCUGAGAAGGAAAAGACUGAGGCAGCUGAUGCUACGGUCAAAGGAGAAAAUGGUGCGGCAAAGUCUCCGGUCAAACGUGGGAAUGAAUCAGCGAACGGGAAAGCAAAGAGCUCAGUCCAGGUGGCUGCCGUGAAUGGAGUUGAGAAGACCAACGGUGUGGGAGAACAUUCACAUGGGUCUCCUGGAAAUGAAACUGUGACAGAGAAAAAGGUUGACAUUGUUAAAGAGCAGAACGGAGAAGCGAAACCUGAGGAUGGGGCAUCCAAGGCAGAGGCUGAACAAGAAGAAGAGGAGGAGGAGGAGGCAGAGGAUGAUGAUGACGAGGAUGAUGAUGAUGAUGACGACGACGAUGAGGAUGGAGAGAAGAAUGGACAAAAUAAAGAAGAGGAGGAAGUUGGGAAUUUGCAGUUGGCCUGGGAGAUGCUGGAAGUGGCAAAAGUAAUCUAUAAAAGGAAGGAGAGCAAAGAUGAACAGCUGAUGGCAGCACAGACGUAUCUGAAACUCGGAGAAGUCAGUGCUGAAUCGGGUAACUACCCUCAGGCACUAGAGGACUUUCAGGAGUGUCUCACCCUGCAGCUGAAGCACUUACCCUCCCACAGUCGUCUGCUGGCUGAGACACACUACCACGUCGCCACCACACUGUGCUACAUGGAUCAGUACAGCCAGGCCAUCCAGCACUACAACAGCUCCAUAAAAGUCAUCGAGGCUCGUCUGGCCAUGUUGCAGAAGGUGAUCGAUAAAGCAAAAGGAGCAGAUGCAGCAGCGGAAGAGAAGAAUGAGAUGGAGGAGCUGAAGCAGCUUCUGCCUGACAUCAAGGAAAAGGUGGAGGAUGCCAAGGAGAGCCAGAGAACAGCCAGCACGGCCUCCCAGGCCAUCCAGCAGACACUAGGCGGUGCCUCAACCUCUUCAGCGUUCUGUGAAAACAGGGGCCCUUCAUCCUCCACAGCAUUUACCACAGUCAGCAAGAUUCCAGUGAAAUCAGCUGAAGGCGCCUCAUCCUCGAAAGUCUCAGACAUCUCCCACCUCGUUAGGAAGAAGAGGAAACCAGAGGAGGAGAGCCCAGUAAAGGACACUGACGCUAAACAAGCAAAACAGGAAGCCACAGUUAAUGGCAGCGGGGACUCUAGUGCCAGCAACGGCAAUGGAGUCAAGGAGGGAAAAUCACAGGAGCCUGCCAACAAGUCGGCCUCUGUUCAGUCUUCAGCGUGACGGUUUGAUUCCUGAUCCUGAGAACCAGCACAGCAUGCCUGUCCUGCCCCCCCCCCCCUCCACCUUCAGCAAUUUUGUUUCUGUAAAUAAGAUCCAUUUUCAUAGAUUUGUCUGUCCAGUUUUGUAUACUUGUAGUAAAAAAAUAAAGAAUUUGCAGAUGUAA